CGGUACCCCCUCACCUUGGCGGCCCAGGCCGUCUGCGCCGUCGCCCAGGUCUUCAUCCUGGGGCUGCCCUCGCGCGUCGCCUCUGUCUGGUUCGGCCCCACCGAGGUCUCCACUGCCUGCGCCGUGGCCGUGCUGGGCAACCAGCUUGGCACUGCAAUUGGCUUUUUGUUGCCACCUGUUUUGGUUCCAAAUACACCUAACGAUAUCGAUCUAAUGGCACAUAACAUCAGCAUCAUGUUCUAUGGAACAGCAAUGGUGUCCACCCUUUUGUUCUUCUUAACGGGAGUUGUGUUUGAAGAAAAGCCCAAAUACCCUCCUAGUCACUCUCAAGCAGUCCUGCAAACUAUGCCUCCCGAGGAUUACUCCUACAAGCAGUCGAUUAUUAACUUGUUCAGAAAUACUCCAUUUGUACUUUUGCUGAUCAGUUAUGGUAUUAUGACUGGGGCAUUUUAUUCUGUUUCCACGUUAUUAAACCAGAUGAUAGUAACUCAUUAUGAGGGAGAAGAAGUGAACGCUGGGAGAAUUGGCUUGACACUGGUGGUGGCAGGAAUGGUGGGUUCGAUUAUUUGUGGUUUGUGGCUGGAUUACACUAAAACAUACAAGCAAACUACUUUGAUUGUUUACAUUCUCUCUUUCAUUGGAUUGCUGGUAUUUACUUUCACCCUGGACCUCGGAUACCUUAUAGUAGUGUUUGUGACUGGAGGAGUACUUGGGUUCUUCAUGACUGGCUAUCUCCCCCUUGGGUUUGAAUUUGCUGUGGAAAUUACAUACCCAGAGUCUGAAGGCACUUCCUCUGGUCUCCUUAAUGCAUCAGCACAGAUAUUUGGAAUUGUCUUUACACUUGUUCAAGGAAAACUCACAACAGACUACAAUCCUCGUGCAGGAAACCUCUUUCUUUGUGCUUGGAUUUUUGUGGGCAUUAUCUUAACAGCCUUAAUAAAAUCAGAUUUGCGAAGACACAAUGUGAAUUCAGGGAUUAUGAAUUUGGAUGUUAAAGCUGUACCAGUUGAUAGUCCUGUAGAACCUGAAAGUACUACAUUAAAAAUUCAGUCAGCCUUAUAA